CCUUUGAAGUGCCCUAAGCGGGGUUUAGAGAGGCCGCCGCCUCCAGGGGAACGUUUUUGUACAGCUCCGACGCUUCUCGGAGCCCAGCUACCCCAGCCCUUGCCCUUUGACCCCGCUCUCGAGGCGAGGUGAGAGGUCGGGUGGCCAUCUUGUGGCGGCGGCGCGGGCGGCUGUUACUGCGGAGACCCAUCCCCUCCCCCUCCGUGCAUCCCUAGCUGGCUGACAGUCGGUAAAGGGCCCCGCAGUCUGCCAGGUGAGGCCCCGGCCUCGUGCCGUUGCUCUUCCCGCCGAACUGGGCGGCCCAGGCCGCUCCCUGCAGGGCCCCACCGCCGCCACCAUGUCCUCCUUCUCCGAGUCGGCGCUGGAGAAGAAGCUCUCGGAGCUGAGCAACUCUCAGCAGAGCGUGCAGACCCUGUCCCUGUGGCUCAUCCACCACCGUAAGCACGCGGGACCCAUCGUCUCCGUGUGGCACCGCGAGCUCCGCAAAGCCAAAUCAAACAGAAAGCUUACUUUUCUAUACUUAGCGAAUGAUGUCAUCCAGAACAGUAAAAGGAAAGGACCUGAAUUCACUAGAGAAUUUGAAUCUGUCCUUGUGGAUGCUUUUUCUCAUGUAGCCAGAGAGGCAGAUGAAGGCUGUAAAAAACCUUUAGAAAGAUUGCUGAACAUCUGGCAAGAAAGAAGUGUGUAUGGCGGCGAGUUCAUACAGCAGCUGAAGCUGUCUAUGGAGGACUCCAAGAGCCCUCCCCCCAAAGCAGCAGAAGAGAAGAAAUCUCUGAAGCGAACUUUUCAGCAGAUCCAGGAGGAGGAGGAUGAUGACUACCCUGGAAGCUACUCUCCCCAAGAUCCUUCUGCAGGACCCCUGUUGACUGAGGAACUAAUCAAAGCUUUACAGGAUCUGGAGAACGCUGCAUCAGGGGACGCUACCGUUCGACAGAAAAUUGCUUCUCUGCCCCAGGAAGUGCAAGAUGUUUCUUUAUUGGAAAAAAUAACAGACAAAGAGGCAGCGGAACGUCUUUCAAAAACGGUAGACGAAGCAUGUCUGUUACUAGCAGAAUAUAACGGGCGCCUGGCGGCAGAGCUAGAAGACCGGCGCCAGCUGGCUCGGAUGUUGGUGGAGUACACCCAGAAUCAGAAAGACGUUUUGUCAGAAAAGGAGAAAAAACUAGAAGAAUAUAAACAGAAGCUUGCGCGAGUGACCCAGGUUCGCAAAGAACUGAAGUCCCACAUUCAGAGCUUGCCAGACCUCUCACUGCUGCCCAACGUCACUGGAGGCUUGGCUCCCCUACCCUCUGCAGGUGACCUGUUUUCAACUGACUAGGCCAGGUGUCAUGCCCCAGAGUCCCAUCUGUACCAGCAGAAAGAAGAGGAUGAGUCAUGGUUGGAAGUAACCUUCUAGCCCCAGUUCUGUCCUUCCUUCUGUCCAGCCCUCGCAGCCUCAAGAAAGAAAUGCGGCCUCCUCUUCUCUCCUGCCUCCCACUUGAGCACAGUUCAGAACAGUGGCAAGUGGAAUCUGCUUUAGAUUCAUAUUUGUUAUGAAUACAGACUUUCUCCCACUUCAUGCCCCUGAUGGUUUUUCAUUCUUAGCUUUCUCUCUACACUCAAGAAGUUGUGAAAAUCAUGUGUACUUCUGGAAGCUUUUGGAAGAGUCUUGUCUCUAGUGACAGCAUUUGGUCAUGAAAGCAGCGUCUCAUGUCUGAGCUGGACUCAUCCCUGCUCGGUCCAGGCUUCCACUGAGGAACUUGCUCUGGAUGCAAAGGCUUUCUCGGCUACCUGCCCAAAGGUUGGAGACAUAACUAUUGAGCAGCUUUGCCAUAAACAAUUUGCCAAACUUCUGACCCUUACAAUUAGUUCUAGUGAUGUCUAGUCAUAGGUUAGAUCUGUUUGUUUUGUAAGCAGACUAGAGAAUCUAGCAGUAAGAUUCACAGUCAUCCAGGACAGAAAGUCACAGUUCAGAGUCAGAAUAACAGGGAUCACAGGCAUGAAUUAAAAGUAAGGUAUUUUCUUCCAAGUUCCUACAUACAACCUUCCCAGGCUGUGCUUUUUCAGGGUCCCACUUUUCCAUGUCACAGAGCAUGUUCCUAAAAGCAGGACCCUUCGGCCUCAGGUGGUUGCUAUACUAGUUGCUAGGAUUGGCAUUUGUGGGACUUCACACACAGUGCUGCAUCUGGGCUCUGUGCGGUGUUGCUUUUCCCCAUUCUUUAGGGAGUAGGGCACUCAUGAACGUUUGUCCACUGUGUGGUCAUAUGGCCACAGUGUGGUGACUAGACUUGAAUAUCUCCCCUGCAGAUAGGACUCUGAGCUUGUCGUUCACGCCACUGCCUGCAUCCUUGUUCUCGUCUGAGGAGGAAUAUUUGCAUCAGAUGUUAUUGAAUAGCUCAUCUUGGGCAGGGGGAGGGAGAAGUCGAGGAUAACUAUUUGGGGUUUUAAUUCCAUUAUCAUGCCAGAUUCCAUUAUGACUCUAUCAUGUAGUUAGAGGGUUUUUACCUUGUGUGUAGUAAAGGUACAACCUGCUAACGGAAAAUCAUUCUAAUUUGGCAGGGUUAUUUUGACAUUGGAAAGGGCAGAAAACAAUUUGUCCCUAUAGUGUAAAAGGAAUUAAAGCCCAGAGGCUGAAAUCCAAAAGCUAUAAAAAGGAUUCAGUGGAGGGGGCUUCAGAAUGUUCAUUAUUUUGAGUAGCUGUUUUCAGAAUCACCAAAAAUUACAUGUCAUUUUAUGUGUUAGUUAAAACAUAACCUGUGUUCUAGAAGGCAUGACAGACUUCCUCAAGAAGUUCUCUUGCCUGUCCUGGAGUGAGAACACUGAAAAGUAAUAGCAGGUAUUCAGUUUCAUUCUGUAUAGAACCUGGUAAUGGUAAUUCGGAUACAGAUUGUGUGUGUACUUACUGAUCUGCCUGUUGUUCUGUCACUAUUAAAUGAACGAGUCUAUGAUAUUCUUCUGGAGGCCACAGGACAGUAGGUGACUUUACUAGAAUUACAAGAUUAAUGUUAACCUCUGCUGUGUCUGCACAUAUCCACUGUCCAUAUGGCGUGUUUCUACCAUACAAGCUCGUUUCUGAACAGACCCACAACGGCGGGACACACAACGCUUUCGCCAAGGAAGCAAGGUUUUACCAGCCACAGACCAGCCAGAAGGGUACAGUUGAUAUUUGCUCUGAUCAGCUAGAUAGAAAUAUUGUAACAUAAUGGAUUUAGCCCACUGCUGUUUUAUACAGCUGAGUCUUUGACCAGCAAUGGGUGCAUAAUUACUACAGCAAGAACAAGGAAUGAAACUAGCAAUUAUGUAAAUGAAUGUGUUGGUCUCUUACCACCUGUUACUAGUGGACUUCCUGUGAGGAAGUUAGUUUUGUCUUGUUUUAAGGAAAUGCUUUUUUAAAAAAUCGGAAUUCUUCCUACAUCCUCCCAAGUGUGCUUAACUUCAUUCGUUUAAUUUAAAUGAACCUUGUAUGUAUGAGGUGAUCUGGCGGGGUGGGGUGGGGUUUUUGUUUUCGUGUUUUUUCUUCUUAGGGCAUCUGUAGACCUCAAAGGACCUUUCCUUUAGGUCAUAUUCCUCCAAAAGUCUUCAAGCUUCCUUUGUUUUUGUUUUGUUUUUUUCUUAAAGAAUAUUUUUAAAGCUUAAAUUUGUAUAUUAAUUUAGGACUUUAUUUAGAAGUAUAGGCUGUCAUUGGCGGCAGCAGUAUAUUCUGAAAUGUCUCAUAGAUAUAUAUUUUUGAAUAAAGAUGGUGUUGUUGAACA